UAUUGACGUCUGCUUUACCGCUCGACUUCGCCGCCUCACUGCAUGUCACGCUACGAACAUCCUUGCAAACUGUCAUAUCCCGCUUAAUUGCUUGAAUGCGUCUUCUUUGACAUCUAGCGACCUUGACUGACUUCUCGUUGUACUCUCGAAGGAUAUCCUCAGGUUGCCUUGUCGCUGAGAUGGUUUUAUGACACUUCGCCCUGCAUCUCUCCAUCUGUUUCCAGCAUAGCACGUACUAGUAAUAUCCAUCCCGUCCGAUGGCACAUUCUUUUUGACUUAGGGGAGUCACGGGAGUAUACAAACAUACCUCCCAAUUAAUACUAGAGGCCAGAUCUGGGAGGAGAUCAGUAUCUUGUCUCAGCAGAUCCGGGCACACGAUGGAUCAACGAAAUCUGCAAUCCGAGGCCGAUACGCCUCUGUUAAGGAAGGAUGCCAAUUCCACGGACCAGGAGCGAGUAGUAUACGGGAACGGGAGUCAAAGACAGGCCACGAGCCAUCAUUUUUCUCUGCCAAGCUGGACAUGGGCAAAGCCGUAUAACAACAAGUCGCAAAGUCUUCCUCAGACCAUCGCCCAUCGUGGCUACAAAGCAAAACACCCUGAGAACACCAUGAAGGCUUUCAUAGGCGCUGUCGAGGUAGGGACGCACGCGAUCGAAACAGACGUACACCUAUCUAAGGACGGCGUUGUAGUCCUCUCGCAUGUAAGAGCCCUCUUUCCACCAUCCAAAACCAGGCAACUGAUGGAUUUCGAGGACGGUGAUCUAAAGCGCUGCUUUGGGCGGAAAGAGAAGAUCAUAGAUUGUGACUGGGACUACCUUUCCGGUCUUCGUACUAUCCAAGAGCCGCACGAGCCGAUGCCGCGUCUGGCUGAUCUGCUCCAGUACAUCGCCCAGCCUGGCCUCGAGCAUAUCUGGCUACUCCUUGACAUCAAGAUGGACAACAACUCUGAAGACGUGAUGAGACUGAUCGGAGAGACGCUGGCGUCCGUAAAUCCCGGCCAACGACCCUGGGAAGAGCGUGUUUUGAUGGGUAUUUGGGUUCCCAAGUUCCUACCUCUCUGCAAGAAAUACGUGGCCAGCUUUCCUGUUGUGUACAUUGGCUUUUCAACAACGAUGGCCCGAGAAUAUCUGAAAACGCCCGGUGUGGCCUUCAAUAUGCUGAUAUGGAUACUCUUGGGUCCCGUCGGUAAUCGGUUCAUGCGUGACGUACGCAAAGCUAAGAGACCCCUUUAUGUGUGGACGGUGAACGAGCCGAACUUGAUGGUUUGGUGUGUACAGCAUGCUGUCGAUGGCGUUAUCACGGACGAUCCGAAGACAUUCAAGGAGAUAUGCGACAACUGGGACGGAAAGAAGAAGACGGCACGACCAAGCCUCAUGCAGUGGCUGCGCAUGUUGUGGAUUUGGAUACUCAUCGCCGUCUUUUCUAACUCAUUCAGACGGAGAUUUCCAGAGACAGUGGAGCAUUUCAUCAAGGAGCACAAUUUGAGGGCCAAAGCAAGCCUGGCGAUCGAUCAGUUGUAGCCCGGAUAGCUUCGGAGUACCAGUUAUUGUGUCACUAUAGAGGGCGUCUGAUAUGGGGGCAGGAAGCCACGAUAUAAUGAUACCUAGGUAGACACGAUCCAAAAAGCCAAAAUCUGCAGAUGUCCC